UAACUCUUCCAGAGGCUCCUGGGGCAUAUGGCAUCCUCCGCGGUGGUUGCGCCACUGGGGUUGAUGCAUAUGAGACAAGCACCGUGUGACGAUCACCGCCGCCAGACAUUCAAACCCUGGAUAGACCUCUGCUUUCUACGGGCAGGAGUACCCUUGCAGCAGGUGUCCCACGCGUCUUGGUCACGACUGACACCUCCAGAUUGGAUUGGGGCGGCGUGUGCAACGGGCACACAGCUGCGGGCCAUUGGAGAGGGGCCCCGCUGCGCUGGCAUAUCAAUUGCCUUGAGUUGCUGACUGUUUUCUUUGCUCUGUAGAAGUUCCUGCUGUUAGUUAAUGACAAACAUGUCCUAGACAGGUCAGACAGAACCAUCAUGGUAGCGUACGUAAAUCGUCAAGGCGACGUACGCUCCACAUCAGACUCACAUCCCCGUCAACCUCAAUGUGGUAGCGGACGUGCUGUCACGAGAGUGGAGGCUUCACCCCCAGUCGAUCCAGCUGAUUUGGGUAAGGUUCGGCAAGGCCAAGGUAGACCUGUUUGCCUCCCGAGAAACCUCCCACUGCCCGCUCUGGUAUGCCCAAACAGAGGCUCCCCUCGGGGCAGACGCACUGGCACACAGCUGGCCUGCGGGGCUGCGCAAGUACGCAUUUCCCCCAGUGAGCCUUCUAAUCACUCUUGAAGAAAUAUUAGAAUGUGCCAAGCGCCCUUUCCCUCGUCCGAGGUAAAAUUGUGCGCUUUUUCUCCCAGGAGAUACCACUCUUCGGAUCACUGGAUGAUUCCUCCCUAGCCCUUGUCGGUCCGCAGUUCAGCGGAGGAACUCGCAGACCCAAUCCACUGCAGGUACUUAAUCUACCCUGUACUGGAAAAGGUGCUCCACAGGGCAGGACUCCUACGUGGACUCCCCCUGUGUGUAUUAUCCACGUUACGGUCAUCUUACAAGUGGACCCGCGUCUCCCUUAGGCAGUCCCAGCUGCCCUCCGGUCGCUGUGGUCAUUGGCAGCAUAAACACUAGUUAAAAUAUCAUCUAAACAUUCAUAUUCUUUUUGUAUCAUAUUACAUAUCAUAUUUAUAUCAUACAGCAUAAAAUUUAAAUACCUGCUUUAGCCGAAACAGCAAUUAAAUGUAACGAAAACUUGCUUAUUAGGACAUAUUUCAAAUUUCAAUACUCUGAAUCCUGGCUGGCAAGUCUGGAAACAGUCCCACUAGUAAAAUAUGUACAUGUUUAUAUAAAAUAGCAUGUCAACUAAUUAAAAUUAAAUGACUUAUAUAAAAUGACAAAAUUGUAUCCUCGGCUGGAUCAAAGCUGGAUUUUUAAGCUUUCUUUAGACAUGUUUCAUGUUUGUCUGAUAAGUAUUCGUGGAGUUUCAGUUCAUUUUUGUGACAUGUUUCAGAUAUAUGCUUGUGAACCCAGAGACUGCUUACAGCUCACCCUUUUUAUUUUCUUUAUUUUACAAAAGCACAAGGUUUUGUUGUUAUUGUGAGUGUACACAAAUAAAGGUAGACCCUUUAUAGUGUCUAAUGAUGUCUUACACUUAUCUGAAUGCCCAAAAAUGACAGACAAAUUUAUGUUGUUUCUGCUGUAAUGACAAAAAGAUCCAGCAGGAUGCGCCGGCGCAGCCAUCGACCCCAGAGGGUUAACUUGCAUCCAUCAUCAAGAUUGGUUCACAGCAGUAGACCUGAAGGACGCGUACUUCCACGUCUCUUGCCUCGACAUUGACCCUUUCUACGGUUCGCGUUCGACGGCCAGGCUCAAUGGUAGCGCACCUCACCAACGAGUGCGCGCAAUCGGUGCUGAAAUGCCUCACCUUAUUCAAGCCAGGCACAGCGCUUCCUCUAAAACAUUUCCAGAAGCUCCUGGGGCAUAUGGUGUCCUCCGCGGUGGUCGCACCGCUGGGGUUGAUGCAUAUGAGACCGCUUCAGCACUGGCUCCAGACUCGAGUCCCGAGAUGGGCAUGGUGCCGCGGCACACACCGUGUGUUUAUCAUCCCUGUUUGCCACCAGACCUUCAAACCCUGGACAGACGUCUGUUUUCUACGGACUGGAGUCCCCUUACAGCAGGUGUCCCGAUGUGUUCUGGUCACUACAGAUGCCUCCAAACAGGGUUGGGACGCCGUGUGCAAUGAGCAUGCAGGCAACUUUAUGCCCUGAAGUGGCGCUUGUUCGCGAAUUGGUGUUCUUCCCAGUCCGAAGACCUGCAGAGGUGCGCAGUAGGAUAUCUCAAUGCAAAGAAGUGACAUUAUGCCAUUGUCUUAUUCAAUUGGUAAGAUCACAUUUGUUGAUCUACCAGAAUACUUUGAAGAUGCAUCAGUCAUAGAGGGAAAGGUUAAAGCUGAGUUCUCAAAUGGGACCCCAGUUCCUAACUUGAGGGUUUUUGUUUAUGAUCAGAGUGCUUCUUACAUUAAACCCCUUGAGCUCACCACAGACAAUAAUGGGCUUGCCACCUUUAAUAUAUCCAUACCAAAAAGGACCUCUGUUUCCCUAUUGGCAGCUGUUUCUGAAGGCAAUCAGUUUGGCCCACAGUUCAUUUUUGAAAGUUCACACAAAUUUAUGCUUCUCAAACCCACAACCAAAACAAGUCAACUGACAAUAAAGACGCUACAGGAACCAUUGAAGUGUGAGGUGACGAUUCCAAUAUCCGUGCAGUACACUAUUGCUGGAGAGAAAACUGAAAGUUACUCUGUUACCAUGCUCUACCUGGUUGUAUCUAAAGGAGAAAUAAUUCUUCAGGGGUUUAAGAACAUUGAAGUCAAAGGCUCUGAUGGGAUAUUGGAGGGAGAAGUUCUAUUCAGGGUGCAUGUUCAUGUCAAGAUGUCUCCGUCUAUGCAGUUCCUUGCCUACUGUGUGCUGCCCAGUGAGAUUGUACUGGCUGCUUCCAGAGCAUUUCAAGUUGAAAAAUGCCUUGAAAGCAAGGUGUCCCUGCAGUUCUCUCCUGCUACUGCAGUACCAGGUGAAGAAAACACUCUUCAGCUUUCAGCAGAACCAGGUUCACUGUGUGGCCUCAGUGCUGUAGAUCAAAGUGUACUGAUAAUGGAGAAACAUAAACGUCUGAACAUGGACAAUGUCUUCAUCUUUUUACCACGUCUACAUCUUUCGUAUUACAUAGAAGAUCCAAUCGAAUGCCUUGAUGUUAGAUACAGAAGAAGUAUUGCUAUGGGCUACACUUAUCCUCAGUCCUUCCCUUACCCUUCACAGAAUACAGAAUACGCUGUCUAUGAGUUAUUUAGGAACAUGGGAUUGAAGGUGGCAACAAAUUUGAUUCUUAGAACACCGACUUGUGUUAAAUUCAGAGAUGUGUUAUAUCAAAGAGUAUAUGGUGGCGUUCUUGGUGGUGAAGUAUAUGCAGGUGGUCAAGGAAUUGGUCAUUAUGUACCUGGAGUUGCAGCAGCAGGUGUAUUAGUAGGAGGUGGACUACCAGGAACUGGAUUAGCAUCAAAUGUAGGAACAGGAGUUCGAGGAGCAGGAGUACUAACUGAAGAAACAAUUCGCACAUAUUUCCCAGAAACUUGGAUUUGGGAACUUGUUGAGGUUGGAGACUCUGGAUCGACACAAGUUCCUGUUAAGGUUCCUGACACCAUCACCACUUGGGAGACGGAGGCUUUCUGUUUGUCCUCCAAAGGUCUGGGUCUGGCUCCUCCUGCUCAGCUCACAGUUUUCCAGCCCUUCUUCCUGGAGCUCUCUCUGCCUUACUCCAUCAUCCGUGGGGAGAUAUUUGAGCUGAAGGCCACUGUCUUCAACUAUCUGCCCAAGUGUAUCAUGGUUAAAGUAACUCCAGCUCAUUCUUCAGACUACACUCUUAAAGCCUCCUCUGAUGAUCAGUAUUCAUCCUGUUUAUGUGCUAAUGGAAGAAAAACCUUUAAAUGGAUUCUCACUCCUUCUGUUCUGGGAGUCUUUAAUAUUACGGUCAGUGCAGAGGCAGAGCAGUCCCAAACUAUGUGUGAUAAUGAGAUUGUAAGCGUGCCAGAGAGAGGACGCAUUGACACAGUCACAAAAAGCUUACGUGUAAAUGCUGAAGGAAUUGAAAAAACUCACAGUCAUAGCUGGUUGAUUUGCCCAAAGGGCCAAAAUAUCUCAGAAGAGGUGGAGCUGACUCUUCCCAAAAACACGAUAGAGGGAUCAGCAAGAUUCUCUGCUUCAGUCCUUGGAGACAUAUUGGGCCGUGCGCUGCAGAAUCUUCAUGGAUUAUUACGGAUGCCAUUUGGUUGUGGAGAGCAGAACAUUGCUGUUCUUUCUCCCAAUAUUUACAUUCUACAGUACCUGGAGAACACUGAGCAGCUGACCUCAGCCAUUCGAGAGAGAGCCACCGGCUUCCUUAAGAGUGGGUAUCAGAGGCAGCUGAACUAUGAGAACUCAGAUGGAUCAUAUACCACAUUUGGUCAAGGAGAGGGAAAUACAUGGUUGACUGCUUUUGUGCUGAGGACUUUUGGGAAAGCACAAAGUUAUAUCUUUAUUGAGCCAGAUAAAAUUGAGAAAAUCAAGCAAUGGCUGAUAUUCCACCAAAGACCAGAUGGUUGUUAUGAGAGCAAAGGAAAACUCUUCCAUAACAGAAUGAAGGGGGGUGUAAGUGACAGCGUGACAAUUACUGCCUACAUAACUGCAUCACUUCUUGAACUGAACACAUCAGUUAUGGAACCUGCUGUGAAUAAAGGCUUGUCUUGCUUAAAGAGCUUCGCUGGUGAUUUCCGAAAUACAUACACCACUGCUUUGCUCACCUACACCUUUAGUCUGGCUGGAGAUAAAUUAACUCGGAACUAUCUUUUCAGAAAUUUAUGGAUCUCUGCGAUUUCAGAAGGAACUCAUCUGCACUGGUCUCAAGUUGCAUCUGAUGAUGUGUCUGAUUCUCUGGCAGUGGAGAUCAGUUCAUAUGUGCUGCUAGCUGUUCUCACUACAGAUUCAGUCAAUACAGCUGAUCUGGGUUAUGCCAACAGGAUUGUCAACUGGCUUGUGAAGCAGCAGAAUGCCUAUGGAGGAUUCUCCUCCACCCAGGACACAGUUGUGGCCCUUCAGGCUCUGUCUUUGUACGCCACUAAAGUGUUCAGCUCAGAUGGCUCCAGCACAGUGACUGUACAGUCUGCAGGAGACACUCACCACUUUGAUGUGAAUCAGGACAACAAGUUAUUGUACCAGGAGAGGCCACUGCAGAACGUUCCAGGCAAAUACAGUAUUGAAGUGAAGGGCUCCACCUGUGUGUCUGUGCAGAUGUCUCUUUUCUACAAUAUACCCACACCCCGCGAAUCCAAGACAUUACAUGUCUAUGCGAAAACUGAGGGAGCGUGUGACAAAUCUAUCAAACAAAAUCUUGAUGUCAUAUUUAGCAUUGUGUAUAAUGGAACACAAGCCAGUACCAACAUGGUCAUUGUGGAUGUGAAACUUUUGUCCGGUUUCACCGUGGACACUUCAUCCCUGGAUUUGAUAAAGCAAGCAGAACCUGUGCAUCGUGUUGAAUCUAAAGAUGACCAUGUCAUCAUGUAUUUACAAGAGGUUGAAAGGAACGUAUCUGUCCUCUACACACUACGUAUCAAACAGAUCCUCUCAAUUAAGAAUCUCAAGCCAGCAGUGAUAAAAGUCUAUGACUACUAUCAUACCAAUGACCGGUCUGAAACAGAAUACUUAAAUCACUGUGGCUGAGGAGUGACACUGCAGGUACUCAUCAGAUCAACAGGGCCUAUACAGUAUAACUGUGUUCUGUUAUAUUGGGUUAGUAAUUAUGUAGCUGUAAGUGUUAAUUUGUAAUAUUACUAUGGUCUUACUGAUUGUAUUAUUUUUUAUAAGACUUGUUUUUAAUGUUAAAGCUAGGGUGUGCAAUGUUUUCCAGAAAACAAAUUUGUUAUACUGGUUGAAAGUCUCUUCACAUCCUGAUAGUAAUCAAUAAUUUAAAUUGUCUAAAUGUAAAAAAUAUAUAUGUAAUAUAUGUAUAUCUUCUGUGGAAGGGACAGGACUAAUAAAUGAUCGACCAAUCAUUGCAUUUGAUCCAAAUGUCCUUCCUGUCUGUCAGUCUAUAUUUGCAUAAUGCUGCACAACUUGUUUGCUUUUGACCUAGAACAGUAUGAGUGCCACUUUUUAUUUUUUGCAGUCAUUUAGAUUCAUCAAAUCAUGUCCAGUUUUGUGUGUGUGUGUGUGUGUGUGUGUGUGUGUGUGUGUGUGUGUGUGUGUGUGUGCGUGUAUUUAUCACUUUGUGGGGACCAAAUGUCCCCAUAAGGAUAGUAAAACCUGAAAUUUUUGACCUUGUGGGGACAUUUUGUCGGUCCCCAUGAGGAAAACAGCUUAUAAAUCAUACUAAAUUAUGUUUUUUGAAAAGGUAAGAAUGCAGAAAGUUUUCUGUGAGGGUUAGGUUUAGGGGUAGGGUUAGGUUUAGGGGAUAGAAUAUAACGUUUGUACAAUAUAAAAACCAUUAUGUCUAUGGAAAGUCCCCAUAAAACAUGGAAACACAGCGCGCGCGUGUGUGAGUGUGAGUGUGUGUGUGUGUGUGUGUGUGUGUGUGUGUGUGUGUGUGUGUGUGUGUGUGUGUGUGUGAGCAUGUAUUUAUCACUUUGUGGGGACCAAAUGUCCCCAUAAGGAUAGUAAAACCUGAAAUGUUUGACCUUGUGGGGACAUUUUGUCGGUCCCCAUGAGGAAAACAGCUUAUAAAUCAUACUAAAUUAUGUUUUUUGAAAAUGUAAAAAUGCAGAAAGUUUUCUGUGAGGGUUAGGUUUAGGGGAUAGAAUAUACAUUUUGUACAGUAUAAAAACCAUUAUGUCAAUGGAAAGUCCCCAUAAAACAUGGAAACACAACAUGUGUGUGUGUGUGUGUGUGUGUGUGUGUGUGUGUGUGUGUGUGUGUGUGUGUGUGUGUGUGUGUGUGUGUGUGUGUGUGUGUGUGUGUGUGCGUGUUUCCAGAUGAAAAGUGGAGGACAAGUCACCAAGCCUUGUACGGCUCUGAUGAAGGAAACCAUUUUUAAUUUUUAAAAUGAAUGUCAAAAAUGACAAAUAGGGCUUUCCUUUUGAAACAUUUGUUGAAUGUGACAUUGUGCCUAAUAAUAUACUGUAAAAUACUGCAAAAAAGAAAAGUGUAUUUUUGUUCAUGUAAUACAUCUAUUGUUCCCUUCUUUAUCAGGUUAUAUAGCUGGAUAGUUGUUAUAAUACAAUAACACUGCAUUUUUAUUACACAAACAGUAAAUGCUGUAAUUUGAUGUACAUCAAUUUAAUAACUGAAAGGAAUAAAUACAAUAUACAAAACAGUAUAAUUGUGAAUACCUACGUUUUUGAUUUUUUUUCUCUGAAAUGUCACUUUGGUUUUCAGUGGCAUUGCAUAGGUUGUAAUUUCUACAUUAAAGGUGCAAAAAUUCUGAUAU